GUCGCCGCUCCGCCCGUGGGCUAGGCCGGGGCUGCCGCGAGCUUGCGGGCCGCGCCGGGCAUGUCCUAGGCGGCGGCCCCGCCCAGCGCUCGGCUGGCCGGGCGGGAGGGCCGGGGCCGAGCCGGGGCCGAGCCGCAGGACCAGGCAGGCCUCCCCAGUGCCAAGAUGAGCAUCACCUCCUGGUUCCUGGUGGGCAGCAGUGGCACCCGGCACCGGCUGCCCCGAGAGCUCAUCUUCGUGGGGCGGGAUGACUGUGAGCUCAUGCUGCAGUCCCGCAGCGUGGACAAGCAGCAUGCUGUCAUCAAUUACGACCAGGACAGGGAUCAGCACUGGGUGAAGGACCUGGGCAGCCUGAAUGGGACCUUUGUGAAUGACGUGCGCAUCCCGGACCAGAAGUAUGUCACGCUGAAGCUCAACGAUGUCAUCCGAUUCGGCUACGAUCCCAACAUGUAUGUGCUGGAGCGUGUGCAGCAUCGCGUCCCCGAGGAGGCUCUCAGGCACGAGAAGUACACCAGCCAGCUGCAGGUGAGCGUCAAGGGCCCGGCUCCCACAGGGGGAACAGCCCCUCCGCAGCACGCGCCUUACUGCGAGUCCUCGAGCCCCAGGCUGGAGAGGGGGGACCGGAGGCUGGGAGCAGAGGCAGCGACCUACCGCACACCCCUGUAUGGGCAGCCCUCCUGGUGGGGGGAGGAUGACGGCGGCGACCCGUCUGAGGACCAGCGCCGGGAGGAGCCCAGUGCAGAGCGGCCCAAAGAGCUGGCGCAGCAGGACGGGGAGCUCGCGGGGAUGACGGCCGCCGCCCGGGCCACUGCAGAGUCUUCGGGGUGCGCCUUCCGGCGGGAGCCCAGCUACUUCGAGAUUCCCACAAAGGAUGCCCCCCAGCCCGAGGCACCCCCCCAGGACGGGGAGCUGGGGAGGGACGGGGCCACCCCUGUUGUGCAGAGCCACGCCUCCUUCACCAUCGAGUUCGAUGACUGCAGCCCGGGCAAGGUCAAGAUCCGGGACCACGUCACCAAGUUCUCCCUGCGCCAGCGGCGGCCCCCGGGCAAGGAGGCUGCGGCCGUUGAGGUGGUCUCCGCCGAGACCAAGGUGGCCGACUGGCUGGUGCAGAACGACCCCAGCCUGCUGCGCCGGGCCGGCCCUGGAGAUGACCGCCACAGCGCCAAAAGCGACCUGCCCGCCCACACCCGCACCCUCAAGGGCCACAAGCAUGAGGAUGGCACGCAGAGUGACUCGGAGGACCCCCUGGCCAAGGCGGUGGUGGCUGGGGUGCCUGCAGAGGGCAGUGGGGAGCAGGUGCGGCUGCAGAGGCAGAUCAAGCGGGAUCCCCAGGAGCUGCUGCACAACCAGCAGGCUUUCGUCAUCGAGUUCUUCGACGGGGACACACCCCGCAAGAAACGCUCCCAGUCCUUCACGCAUGCACCGCCCGGGGACCCCAAGGCCGACAAGCGCAGAGCCCCUGGGCCAGCUGACAGGGACCGCCCGGGGGCCCCAGCUCCGGCCCGUGGCGGGGGCAGCAGCUCGGGGCCUCAACGGGCCGGCUCCCUGAAGCGGGAGAGGACGGAGGAGCGGCUAGGCAGCCCCUCGCCAGCACCCCGGGCCUCUGCCCGCCCCUUUGGCAGCGUGGGGCGCCGCUCCCGCCUGGCGCAGGACUUUGUGGCCCAGUGCCUGCGGGAGGGACCCCCGGCCACCCGGCCCGGCCCCGAGAAGGUGCCCCCCGUGCUGCCAGCCCCCCUGACACCCCGUGGGGCCAGCCCCGCGGCCCCCUCGACUCCACCCCCCCCCUCCGCAGACCCCCAGCUCACCAAGGCGCGCAAACAGGAGGAGGAGGACAGCCUCAGUGACGCGGGCACCUACACCAUCGAGACGGAGGCGCCGGACCAGGAGGUGGAGGAGGCCCGCAGGAUGAUUGACCAGGUCUUUGGGGUACUGGAGUCCUCUGAGCUCUCCAGGGCGUCCUCAGCCACUUUCCGCCCCGUCAUCAGGGGGGACAGAGACGACUCUGGUGACGGGGUGGCCCAGCGGGUGGCCCUGCUACAGGAGUUUGCAUCCCGGCCAGCGGGCAUGGCCCCCCAGGGGGAGCUCCAGCAGGGCCUCCUGGUACCAGGCUCCCCUGGGGGUCAGAAGUGGGUGUCCCGCUGGGCCAGCUUGGCUGACAGCUACUCAGACCCAGGGAUGGCAGAGGAUGGCUCCGGGCGCAGAGCCGGGGAACUGGAGGGGACCCUGCCUGUGCGCCAGCGGCGACUGCUCCCACAGCUGCCCAGCGACAGGGUGGACAACCCCGUGGGCCCUGAGGCUGCCAGGAGGAGUGGGCCUGGGCUGCUGGAGCCAGGCAAUGAGCAGGCCAGCUGCCUCCUGGGCCAGGAGGACCUGGAGCCUGACAGCCUUAGUGAUGCCAGCGGGUCAGACGGCGGGCGAGGCUCCGAGUCUGGCGGGGGCCGCCAGGAAGAGAGACGCAAGAGCCCCCGGGAGGGACUGGCCUGGACGAAGGGCCUGCACUCGCCCAGGGCCCCUGGGGAACCAGCCCCCACCUCUUUCUUCAUUGGGGACAAGAACAAGGAGGCAGCCCUCCCCAGGGAACCCCCUGCGGCUCCAGGGGGGGCGGAAGGCCUAGGGCAGGGGGCUCAGUGCAGCCCCCCGGCGAGGGACAGCACCUACGUCAGCACCAGUGGGAGGCUGGUCCUCCAGCUGCGGACAGGGCGGCCCCCGGGGCCUGAGGGCCCCUCCCAGGCCCUGACCAAGGAGACCUCGGCCUUUGUCCGGCAGGAGAGCUUCACCAGGGAGGUAGCCAGCUGCCCCCCAGCGCCCAGCCAGCUCCCACACAUUUCCAGCCACCCCCUCCUGCAGGACCUGGCCACAGCCCGGGCCUCACGCAUGGACUUGCACUCCCAGGACACCCACCUGAUCUUGAAGGAGACAGAGACCGCUCUGGCUGCCCUGGAGGCCCGACUAUUCUCCAAGCCCCCGGUGGAGGUCGAUGGCGAGGCAGGUAGUGCCCCAGGGCCCCUGGAUGACUCCCUGUCUGGGGACUCCGACGUGGACACAGCCAGCACUCUCAGCCUGCUCAGCGGCAAGAAUGGGCCCAGCCCGCCCAGCCCCCUGCCCACAGGGCUGCCGAAGGAGAAGCCGCCGUCCCCUCCAGCAGCACGGGGUGCUGCAGGGGUCACCCCAAGCACUGCCCGGGAGUCUCUCUCAGAGAAGCAGUGUCGUCCUCUGGGCAUGACGGACAUGGAUCGAGUAGAACCAGUGAAGUGCCUGUCUGUGCCAUGUGGCCACGGGCCCCGAGGUCCCUCGGACUGGCCUGACGAGGAACGAGGCUCUGGCCUUGCCCGGGUGUCUGGUGUAGAUGCCGUCACCUCUGACCACGAGACCUCUGGGGCCAGUGGGACAGGGCGUCCAGGGCCCCGCCAGAAACCUACAGCCCCACCGCCAUCCCCAGCCACCCGGGAAGAGCAAAGCCGCAGCUCCGGCAGUGCCCAGAAGGUGCAGCAGGCCCUGACCCGCUCCAACAGCCUGUCCACCCCGCGGCCCACACGAGCCUCCCGGCUGCGGCGGGCCCGGCUGGGGGACGCCUCGGACACAGAGGCUGCGGAGGGAGAACGGGGGGCCCCAGCCAACCCCGAGCCGGGGGUGCGGCCAGCUGCUGAGCAGGCCAAGAAGCUGUCACGCCUGGACAUCCUGGCCAUGCCCCGGAAGCGGGCUGGCUCCUUCACAGGGCCCAGCGACUCUGAGGCGGCCCCCGCCCGGGCCGGCUUCUCUGGUCGCAGCGUGGAGCUGCAUUGCACCAGCCGCAAGCCCAGCAUGGCCGAGGCCCGGGCUGCUGCCCGGAAGGCCGCCAACUCCGCCACGGCCCCCCACCAGCCCUUCAGCAGGGCCCGCCCGGGCAGCGCCCGAUACUCCUCACCCAAUGCACGCCGUCGGCAGCAGGGCUCAGACUGCGCGUCCACCUCCGAGGAGGAGUACGGCUCCCACCACGGCUCCCCCAGGCGCACGUGCUCCCACACCUCAGCGGCCACGCAGACCCCCCGGGCGGGCAGCUCUGGCCGGGCCCGGCCUCGGGCCCCUGGCCUCCGGGACACAGAUGAGGAGGAGGAAGAGCCUGACCCCUAUGCCUUUAUUGUGCAGACGGCUGAAAUCGCUGAGAUCGCCAGGCUGAGCCACACGCUGGUGAAGGAUGUGGCCAUCCUGGCCCAGGAGAUCCACGACGUGGCCGGGGACGGUGACUCACGGGGCCCCGCCUGCAGCCCCUCUCUCAGCAUCACACCCGGCACCCCCGCCUCCACCAUCUCCGCCCGGGAGGAGCUGGUACAGUGCAUUCCUGAGGCCAGCCUCAACUUCCAGAAGGUGCCACCUGGCUCCCUGAGCUCUCGGAACUUGGACCAGAACAUGAACGACUGCCAAGAGGACCCCUUGGCCAACAAGACACGGCCACGGAGCCGCGAGGAGGUCAUCUUCGAUAACCUGAUGCUGAGCCCCGUGUCCCAGCUGUCCCGUGCCAUCCGUGAGAACACGGAGCACCUCGCCGACAAGAUGAAGGUCCUCUUCCAGAACUCAGAGCGUGCCUGGGAGGAGCUGGAAGCCAGGAUCAAUGCGGAGAACGAGGUGCCCAUCCUGAAGACAUCCAACAAGGAAAUCAGCUCCAUCCUGAAAGAACUGAGGCGUGUGCAGAAGCAGCUGGAAGUCAUCAACGCCAUUGUGGACCCCAGCGGGAACCUGGACCUGGUGGCUGGAAGCAAGGCGUUUCCAGGCUCGGCCCAGCUUGCGAAGGGCCGGCCGGCCGCCCAGAGCCCGUCGGCCCGGCCCCUGAGGAGCUUCCUGCAGCGGGGGGGCUGUGUGUCCCCCAGCCUCCCGGACCCCUCCUUCCUCCCCGACUCGGAGAGGUUCCUGAUCUAGGCGGCAGGCAGGGGCGGCGCGCCUGUGCCCUGGCCCCGGGCCUCCCACCCACCUGCCUGCUGCUGAGGCCCCUCCCGGCUGCAGGUGGGCCACCAAGAAAACCCCCACACGUGCCAUAACCCCGUGGGCCGCCCCCCCACCCCAGGCCCUCCCGCCCUCUGGGCCAGGGUCACAGGCGUGUUCCCCACCUCCGCCCUCAUGUUACUUUGUCUCUAGCUUCCAAAGGAAGAGUGGUUUGUGCCGCUGUGCAGCCUCCAGGCCUGGAAGCCCCGCGCGCUUCUCAGGCCGUAGGCUGUCCCAGGAGGCCCGUGCACGUACCUGCCCUGUCCCUGUGCACUGGCUGGGGCCAGACUGAGUCGGGCUGAGCCGUGGGGUGGGUCCGUGCCAAAUGGAGCCGGGAGGGCUUGUGUUGCCCCAGCGCUUGCAGAGGGCGCGGUGCAGGCUGGCCAGGGCACUUGCUGCCGGCUUUGCUGAGGAGCCUGGCAGCUCCCAGUUGCCUCUGAGUCCAGCGGCCCGGGUCAGGGACGUAGCCCAUGGAGAUGUUUGGGGCAGGAACCCCACUGCUUUGAGCCUUUGGUGCCAACUCAGUUGCCAAACCCACUACGCAGGCCCCUGCUGCACGUGGGCCGGGGCCGAGACCGGCCACACAUGGGCACUCAUCCAUGCUGGACACGUGCGCCCUGCCCACUGCUAGUCCCCCACAUCCCCCACUGCAGAGUGUGCCCUGGUAUGGGCUACGGGCCUCUGCCCUCGGCUUCUGGGGGUUCUAGGCUGGGCAGGGGCGAGCACUAGAGUGAAGUGGCUGGAAACUGGGCUUCCAGAACCCCCCUAGACCACACACCCUCCCCCAGCCUCACCCCUGUCCUCUGGACGCUGUGGCAUUCAUUGGGUGUCUGCAGCCAGCUAGGGACCCAGAGGCCCGUGUGCUCCCCACCCCAUGGGUGGGGGGCAGGGACAGGCCCCAGGAACAGUUUUGUUUUCUCAGGAUUCUUUCAGCGGGGAUAUGCCGGGUGUGCGGAGCGGGGCCCUUCCCCGGGGGCUGAUGUUCCUGGGGCCCCGAAGCCAAAGAGCCCACUGGCUGUGGCGGGCGGGGGCGGGGUGCUCUGCUCUCCGCCUGGCAUCAGCGUGAGUGUCAAUUGUGGGCCAGGGCCAUGGUGGGUGACACGUCCCCGUGUUUACAUUUAGCUGACCCCCCAUGUUUACGUGUACGUGAGUGGGGUGGGGGCUCCCGCCCUGCGACCCUGCUGUGUCCACAGGGGAGGUGCUGGCCUGAGUCUGCUGCGCCUGCAUGCCCCGCCCUCUGCUCAAGCCCGACCCCUGGGACCAGUGGCCCUUCUCCAUCCACACCCACUCAGUGAUCUCUGUAAUUUUUUUAUUCACAAAUCCGCGUCACUGCCCCUCCCCACCAGCCUUCGGUGGUAUCGGUGACUUGCUGGCUUCUCCGCUCCUGUUUGUCCUCAGGUGGUCUAUGGAUGUCUUUCAGAAAAAGGUUAUUUUAUAUGAUUUGUCAUGGAAUUUGUUCUAAUAAACCAUUCUUCUAUCACGUG